GAUAUGACCCACUAAAGAAAAACAAACCAAAUCCUGUAACAUCCCAAAAAACGAUUUUGAUCACGUUUUUUUCAAUAUCUUUAUCAGCGUAGUACUUCUUUUUGAGCUCAUGCAAACUCGACUCAAUUUAUACUGGAUGAUAGCUUAGAUGCUGCUCUUCAAAAAUAUAUGGACCCUGCCUCCUUACCUUAAAAUACAACAAGAAUAAAAAACAAAAUAAAAAUGGAGCCGUUACUUAUGAAACACCCUUUAUAUGUUUUUUUCUUUCUUUUCUUUUGUCUUAAUCCAUGUGAUCAUUUCGAUUUAUUUUUUUUUUCACAUGGUAUAGUUUUUUCUCAUCUUCUAUAACUCAUCGUUCUACCGCACUAAUCGACGAUCUUGCCCUAUUCUUUCCAGGUUCUUGUUUUUCUUUACUUUCAGACAAGAUUCUUUUCGACAGGAAAGUAAAAAGAAUCUUGUGUGAAUUUCAAGAUGACAAGAAUCUCGUCUAAUUAAUCAGAAAUAAAAGAAUCAGGCAAGAAUCAUAAGAAAUUCAAGAUGUAUUUAACAUUCAGACAAGAAUCUUUUUCUUUUCUUUUAAAAAGAAUGUUGUCUGAAAAUUAUGAAAAAACAGAAACUGAAAAGAAAUAUAAGAUAUUUUUAAUUUCUUAGUAUUCAGGCAAGAUACUUGUGAUAGGAAAGAAAAAGAUUCUUGCCAGCUUUCCAAGAUCAACGGCACGUGAUGUCGUCUUUGUAUGAUAGAAUAUAUAAAGACAAUGUUUGAACGUUAUUUAUUCAUUAUUAGUUCGAUAGGUAGCACAAUUCACUUCGAACAUGUACUUUUCCUAAAGUGUUUAUUUCAUUCAAACGACAUCUAUCAACUCAUUAUUUCAAUUGGAAGUAUAGAAAAAGUUUCCAUUCGAUGUCGAGAAAACAAUGGAAUAUAUGAUAUCUUUUUUUCAUUGUUUUCAGAAAAAUUACACUUAUUAAACACAUUUCGAUAUUUUACUUAUCAAUAUUUUUCUAUUUUCUUUUUUUUUAGAUUUUCUUUUAUUAUCCACAAAAGUGUUGUUUUUUUUAAUGGACGAAGGAAAUCUCAAUUCGUUCAAACAAUUGUUGUUUGAUAAUGCUCUUGGUAAUAUAGGUAAUAUUUAUAUGUACUUUAUAUCUUUUUGACUCGCAUACUAUUUUUUUUAGAGUCAUCACCACAUACGGAUAAACAACGUCGAUGGCGUGCUAAAAAAAGAAUCAACAUCAUCGUACUCAAUCAUCGCCACAUCGUUUACUACUUGAACAAAUUGUAAAUAACUAAUUUGAUUCGAGCUAGCUCAAAAUAAAAAUUUUUACACUGUUUUUUUUUAGAAUGAAUCACAUCAAUAUUCAUCUGAUAUUAAUGAAAAUUUUGAAAAUAAUGUUACUGUUGAUAAUCGAAUAUUUGAUGAUAAUAUGGUUGUUCAUAAUUCACCUAUGGACGAUACACAUUCUGAUGUUACAUGUGCUGGUGGUACAUUUAAUGAUGAUAAACUUGUUCAUGAUUCACUUAUGGAUGAUACACAUGGUGAUGUUUUACGUACUGGUGUUACAUUUAAUGAUGAUAUACAUGGUGAUGUUAUACGUGCUGGUGUUACAUUUAAUGAUGAUACACAUGGUGAUGUUACAUGUGCUGGUGGUACAUUUAAUGAUGAUACAUAUGGUGAUGUUAUACGUGCUGGUGUUACAUUUAAUGAUGAUACACUUGUUCAUGAUUAUAUACUUGAUGAUGACGAUUAUAAUUAUAGUUUCGAUUUUAAUCCGAAUUCGGCUCAAUCAGUUGAAAUAACUGCUGAACAAGAAGAUGAACCGUUAUAUACUAAUGCACCUGUGACAUCUAAAUCUUACCAUAAACAAAUAUUAGAAUUUGGAAAUUCAGUUAAAUUAAGUGAUUCAAAUAUGAAUAAAUUAUUGCAAUUAAUUGGAAAUGCAUUACCAAUAGAAAAUAAGUUAUUAAAGUCAUAUAAAAAAUUACUUACUGCUUUUAAAACAACAUCAACGUUUAAUCAAGAACUUAAAUGCAAAUAUUGUUUAAGAAUAAUUGACAAAACCAAUUCUUGCUCUAUUAUUUGCAAACAAGACAAAUGUCAACGACGAAUAGGUGAUGUUAUAGAACAUGUAUCUGUUAAUCGUUCAUAUGGACAAUUAAUUGAAAUUAUCCGCCGAAAUAAACAUUUAAUACUGGAUUAUCCACAAAUUGCCAAUAACUUAUUACCAUGUGAUGUUAUUAGCGGAUCAACUUAUCAAGAAAAAAGAAAAAAUCUUAAAUCAUUAAAUGGAACAUAUUCUGUUACCUUGAUGAUUCACAUUGAUGGUUUUCAAUUAGUUCAAUGGACAAAAAAGCACGCAUGGAACAGCUCAGUAAAACCAGAUGCAAAUUCGUUAUUAGAUGAAAUUUGUGAUACAAUAAAACAAACAGUCAUUGUUGAUAAUAUAAAUUUUGCAGUUGAUGUAUUAUUAUUUAAAGCUGAUUUACCAGCUCGUGCAUUAGCAACAAAACAUGUCAAUCAUAACGCAUAUUUCGCUUGUCUUGAAUGUGACCAGGAAGGAAUUUGGUAUGAAGAAGGUCAUACUGUUAUAUAUCCUUAUAUUCCACAACAGAUGAAUAGUCGUUCAUCAUCUCAUUUUGAUUUUUGUGCUGAACAAGUUAAUCAACAAUUAUCUUGUGAUGAUUAUUAUGGUAUAAAAGGUGUUAGUCCAUUAAGGAAAAUAAUGGACAUUCCAAAUCAAAUUGAUAUUGAUAUAAUGCAUUUAUGUUUCAUCGGACAUUGUAAUUUCUUAUUAUCCAAAUGGGAAAAAAUGAUUGUUAAACAAAGUUGGUUAUCAGUGAACGACAAUAAUGAUGAUACACAACGACAUUUAUCACAAGAAUAUUUACAUCAAUCGUAUCAUGAUUUACAACCUGUACCUUUAUUACCAAUUUCACAAUCAACAAUUGAUAUUAAUUCUUAUGAUCCAUUACGAUCUCGUCAACAUAAUCCAACAUUUGAAAAUCAUCGGUCUGCUAAUGAAUCAUUAUCUACAGUAAUUCAUUCAACUACAAAUAAUCAAAAUAAUUGUGCACCAUCUCCUACGGUAACAGGUUCACCUGCUAAACGACGUCGAACAUUUCCUGAUCAAUCAAAUCCAUCUUUAACUGCUCCACCUAUUCGAAAACGAUUUGAUCCAACUCUUCAACGUACAGCAGCAUUACUAAUGGAAAAUGUUGUUGGUGGUACAACUACAUCUACUGCAAGAACUACAACUGCUGGUGUAAGAUCGAUUUCAGAAGCAUCACAAAAUGGAAUAAACCAAAUCAUCAAACCUAUCGUGAAAUUAUGUGAAGAAACAAAUCAAUUAACAAAAGAAGUACUGAAAAUAUUAACUGAACAAACAAAUUUAACACAUGAAUUAGUUAAUUUUCCACGUGAAUUGCAAAAAGCAACUCAACAAUUAUCACAUACUGUACACAUGCAAGCAAAAGUAUUGCAAACUCGACAACAAAAUGAUGACGAAGAUGUUUCAAUAGAAUUAAAUGGAAUUAAUGUGUCUUAUGUUCAACGUGGUGCGUCAUUAAAUGCAACAGCUAGAGCUUUAGUACGCGCUGGAUAUGGCGAAAUGGCAUCAUUUAAUGACUUACGUCCAGGUGAAUCUGACAUUUUGUUGGGUUACUUGGCAUACGUUCAUGGACAUCCUCCGACAACUACUUUCGCAAACAGUCAAGCAAUAAAAAACUCAUUACAGCAAAUGAAACACGACAUCAAAAAACAAACGCCGAAUCAAUCAUCAAAAAGAAAUUCAAUAGCAACUCAGCAAAUCCAUGGUGCACACGACGAUGAUGAAGUUUGA